CUUCUUGACCCAGACGGCCGUUACCCUGUCGCAGCUUGUGCGGCAUCUCAGACAUGUAUGUGAGCCUGGCACGACCGAGAGCUCUGCAUGACAUCACUUGACAUAAAAGGCUGGCUCUUGUGGCGUCCUUUGAUGCGAUCAAGCAGCCGCUACUCGUUCACAAGCAGCAGUUGCUCGAAGACUUCCUUCUUGAUUCUCUGCAGCACUCUCGGUGUGGCCUCAAUCGCCGCAUGUGACCUGAUCCAUCUCCAGAAACCCCUGUGGCCCGUUUCCAGCUGUGGUACUUAAAAUGCGCUCUCCCCCUGCUUUCAUUCCCCCCCUCCUUCUAGCUCCCUUCUCCUCAGCUCCUCACUUUGAAGAUGCCUCCACCUCCUGCAAUGCAACGUCCUCGCGCGCAAGAGUGGCACAAUACUUACCCUCGUGAACCUCAUGGACCAAGGAACGACAAUACGUAUAGGACACCUCGGCAUCGGAAGCGGUACGGAAUCAUCAUCAGUCCACCGCAGCCGAUGCCCAGGAAACGGCCACACGUAUUUGACGAUGACCGCUCCAGCACAUACUACUAUAGACCAUCCCCUCGAGCAAUGGCGCGCGCUGCAUCUGCGAGUCAUCGCCACUAUAGUGCUACGACGACUCCUGCACAAGCCUUGGCCGAAAGAUACAGAGCCACCGCACGAUCUGCCGCCGCUUACGCCAAUAAUCGCGAUAUCGGUGCCUAUCCAAUUCACGGUGAUCGGUCGCGCGCAGAUGCGAACAUGCUAUCUGCUAUGCCGGUACAGCAGGCCACGCCCGGAAGAGAGUUUCGUGAUUACGUGAAGGAACGAUAUCUUCGUGAAGCGUAUCCUAUGUUCAUAGCCGGCCUUGAAUCAUCGGAUGGCCUGCUACGCUGCGGACGACAGGAUUGCGAGUAUAUUGCUUCAAGCCUGUACGCACUGGCCCAGCAUCUAUACGUGCAUGACUCGCUUGCAGUGCAAGAGAUUACCCAGCGUUCAAGACGUCGACGAUCUGCACGUCUGCGAGCUCAGAGGCCCGGGGCAUCUGUUCGUAGUCGCUCGACGAGAAGGCCGCAGAAGUCUCGUCCAGCCUUGAAAGCUGCUUUUUCUAGCUUGAUGGCCAGAUGCACCUAUUUGGGGUGUGGUCCCGCUUGCUCCUGCUCCCAUGAUGACUGAGCUACCUCCUCCUUUCGGCCGCCUCUGAAGUUUUGACCCACGACCUUCGCACGAGAAUUCCUGCCUUCGAUUCGCUUCUAUUUACAUCUAAUUAUUCUUGAUUCUUUUGAUUGCAUAUCUCCUAUGUUUCUCAUCCUAUCUGAUAACUUAUAAGCGCAAUCCUGC